AUGCCACGCUCCUUCCUGGUGAAGAGCAAGAAGGCUCACACCUACCACCAGCCGCGUGCCCAGGAGGAUGAGCUCCUCUGGCCUCCUGCCCUUGGCCCUGUGGCCAGGGACCAGGUCCUGGGCACCAACCCUGUCCUCAGCACCCUGUUCCCAAACCAGUGCCUGGACUGGACUCACCUCAAACGGGAGCCGGAGCUGGAGCUGGACCAGAGCUUGAUGACCAGGAUGGCCUCCGCCCCAGAGGGGCCUGCUGUGACGUCCCGACCCCAGGAUGGGGACUCGCCAUCCUCCGACUCACCCCCGUUCUACAAGCCCAGAUUCUCCUGGGAUGCCCUGGCUUCAUCCUACGGCCACAGCUACCAGCAGGCCCCCUCCACCAUGCAGUCUGCCUUCCUGGAGCGCUCCGUCAGCCUGUAUGGCAGCCCUCUGGUGCCCAGCACCGAGCCGCCCUUGGACUUUAGCCUCCACUACUCCCCGGGCUUGGACACAUACCACUGCAUCAAGUGCAGCAAGGUGUUCUCCACCCCACAUGGGCUCGAGGUGCACGUCCGCCGCUCCCACAGUGGGACCCGGCCCUUCGCCUGCAACGUCUGCGGCAAAACCUUCGGCCAUGCAGUGAGCCUGGAACAGCACACGCACGUCCACUCCCAGGGGAUCCCGGCCGGGUCCAGUCCCGCGCCCAGCUUGGCGGUCCCGGGUCGCGAGGCCCCACCUGCGCCUGACCCCCCGGGGCCUCGUUUCCUCCGGCAGGGGCGCAGCUUCGAGUGCCGGAUGUGUGGCAAGGCCUUCAAGCGCUCGUCUACCCUGUCCACCCACCUGCUCAUCCACUCGGACACGCGGCCCUACCCCUGCCAGUUCUGCGGCAAGCGCUUCCACCAGAAGUCGGACAUGAAGAAGCACACCUACAUCCACACCGGUGAGAAGCCACACAAGUGCCAGGUGUGUGGGAAGGCUUUCAGCCAGAGCUCCAACCUCAUCACUCACAGCCGGAAGCACACGGGCUUCAAGCCCUUCAGUUGCGAGCUGUGCACCAAGGGCUUCCAGCGUAAAGUGGACCUGCGGCGGCACCGCGAGAGCCAGCACAACCUCAAGUGA